AGGCAGUUGUUGGAUCGGAGGGGUUGGGCUGGUUUGGAAAACCUCCCGCGAGCCAGACGUUGGUUUCGCCUCCCGUGCGUUCGCGUCGCUCUCCCGCAGCCUCAGCAUCAGCAGCAGCAGCAGCAUCUUCAGAGAGCAGCCUCACCUGCACCUCCUCUGCGCUCCUCCGCUUCUGCUCCACUCACUCCACUGCUGCAGCAGCACAGAGGAAGCGGGCGGACAAGGACGAGCCUCUGGCUUUAUUUUCAGGAAACUAAAGGGAUAUAAAAGCUGAAGAUGGUGAAACUGGGGAGUAAUCUACAGGACAAAGGGGCCAAAGCUGUGAGUGUGGAGGACGGCUUUCAGAACGUGCCCCUCAUCACUCCACUGGAUGUUGGCAGCCUCCAGAGUCAUGCACCUGACAAGGUGGUGGUGAAGACCCGCACGGAGUACCAGACAGAGAAGAAACGCCUGAAGGUGCCCAAGGUGGAGGAGUUUACCAUCAGCUUCACUGACGGGGUUUCUGAGAGACUCAAGGUGACGAUUCUGAUCAUCCUGGCCUUGGCCUUCCUCGCCUGCAUUGUGUUCCUGGUCGUUUAUAAAGCCUUCACCUACGAUCACGCCUGCCCAGAUGGAUUUAUUUAUAAGCACAAGCGCUGCAUCCCAGCCUCCCUUGAGGCUUACUACGCUGCCCAAGAUGCCAACUCGAGGGGCCGCUUCUACACAGUGAUCAGCCACUACAGCAUGGCCAAGCAGACCACCUCUCACUCUGUCUCCCCCUGGCUGCCGGGAGGAGCGGCGGGCCACGACACUAAGCCACCGAGCGGCGAAAGCCACUGAGUUAGUGGGGGGGUAAACACACACAAACACGUGCAGACUUGAGAGAGCUCAUACAGGGGUGGAUAAAGAUCGCAUACAAACACAUAUGUCUGGUAGUGUUUAGAAAAAAUAGAAUCCCAACCUACCAAAAAACAACAAACAUUACUAUGAUAUAGUGAAAACAUGCAUGCAGACAUUAGAAUCCACAUGCUAGGUCAUACUCCCAAUACGCCGUCAGCCUUUUUGUAUGCUCCUUCUCACCUUUUUACCCCUGUUCUCUCGUCUUAGUUGAUUGCCAUAUUUCUUUUUUACUGUAAGGUGUGACAUUUUCUACGUGAUUGCAACUCUUUGUACAAAGCUGAAUUUCAUGCUUCUUCUUGUAGUGAAACUCUCUGUAGCAGCCCCCCCCCCCAAAGCGUGUAUUCUAUCUAGUUACUGUACUCUAUUUCCUUUUUGCUUUUUGUUUGUGCACAAUAAAAUGCCAAACUGAACUAUUUAUUUUUUAAUAGGAGGUUCCCUCAGUUAUGGUCACUGAAUGAGUCGGUUCAUCCUUUUUGUUCGAGAUGUGCUGUGUGCCAUACAGUCCUGAACUUGUACAUAGAGGCUAGUUUAGUGUGUAUGCAUUGUUGUAGUACGUUGUUUUUUGGGGGGAUUUUACCAAAUGAUUCUGUGUGGAUUACUUACAAACACUUGUAAAGAACAAUUGUCCUUUAUUUUUUAUUUUUCUUGCCAAAAACUCUCAUUCUCUGCAAUGUGCUGUUCUGUUCAUAAAUGGGCUUCAGCUGCAGUCAAUUUUUUGUUUGCGUACUGUUAUCUUUUUUAUAAUGUGUAACGUUGGAUCUGUUGUCAAGAGCGCUACUGCUGAGAUAUUGUGAUGUCUUUGAUUAUAUAGAUGCCUGGGGUCAAAUGUGUAACUUCCUUCGAUUUCCUGAAAAAAAUGUGUAAACAUGUUAGCUUGGAGGCUUUUCCGAAUCUUAUUUUUCUUGUUUCCAUUUAUCUCAAUCAUGAAGGUAUUUCAGUCAAAAUCCCUCCAAUUUCUAUCCAUAAAAGUGACUCUUUUAUCAUAGGAGUAGUAUUUCAAAAAUAUUUAAUUUUGCGACGUAAAGAAAAAAGAGCUUAUAAAUUUAGAUUAAAAACAUAAAUUAAAUGGGCAUGUUACUCGAACCUAUACUGCUAUUUAUUGGAUUUAACUUCUUACUUUUUGUUUUAUUAAGAAGAAAUGCUAAAGAAAAGAUACUUUAUUGAUCUAAACUUGAAAAUUCAACUGGAGUAAAUGGAGCAAUAUAAUUAUAUUUUUGACUUAUCUCUCCAGAAAUGUAGAAAUUGUACAGUGAUAAUGUCUUUUAGAUUUCCCUUGAGAUCUAUACUUACCUUAAUUUUAACAACAUUAUGAACUUUUAACAAAAACAUUAUCAAAAUUUUCAUUAUCGCUGAUUAAAAUGGCAAGGUAUUAUUAGAUUUUCUGUCUGAAAUGUGAUAUUUUUUACAUUUUCCACAUCAUCUAUUUAAGUUUUUUUCCCUUAAGAUACCAGUUUGUGUGCAGAAAAACAGUUUGUGUGUAGCUAUAAUUUAUGGCCCUGGGUGUAUUUUAUUAGUGUGCAACAUUGUCCCUGCUCUCUUGGUUUUAAAUUCAAAAUAAAAAAAGCUGUGACCUGUGA